AUGGCCAAUCUCACACAACCCUUCAAGUGCAUGUGCACAAUUCUCUUCUUUCUCUUCAUCCUCUCUUCAUACACCGUUUCUACACAUUCCUCCACCCAAGAGAUUGAACCCCAAAACCCUUCUUUAACCACCCUUGCCCACUACCACCAAGUCUUCUACCUUAAGAACACUGACCCCAUGUUUUUUAAACCAAGACAAAAUCAAAGAGUAAUCAAGAAGAGAAGGAUCAACAGAAACAAGAACAUGAAGCAUAGAAAGAAGAUGGUCAAGAACAUGCAAUCAAGAACUUUCUCUGCCAUGCUCCCAAAGGGUUUCGUUCCUCCAUCUGGUUCCUCUCCUUGCCACAAUGAUCAACCAAAUUCAAUGGCUUUCCACUGCCAUCUCACUACUGAAGAACCAUGA